CCUUUAAUCAGAGGGGCUUGGGGGGGGGGGGGGUCAUUAAUGGAGAGGGAAUCCGAAGAGCUUAUUUAUUUUCAGCAAAACGCUACUAGGUUGAUAAAUAAAAUGCUGUACUUUAUUUUGUUUUUAGCAUAUUUCUUACAAAUAAUAAUUCCCACAGCGUCGAGAGUUGUGGAACUCCUUGGGCGAGUCCCCUUCCCACCCAUCGACGAGUCUUUCUGUUUUCAACCCACUCCCCAGAGUUAACUUUUCCUGAGUUCCAGUCCCCUUAGCAAACUCACGCCACCAAAAUCAAAAUGGCGGAUUGUGGUGGUUUCGGCAAUAUAGACUUUCUGGUGAAAGCCUCUGGAUUGGCGGAUGCUGGGCUCCGUCUAACCAUAUCAUUAUUCUUAGCUUACCCAAUGGCAUUUAUUUAUCAUGCAUUUUUCUAUAGAACCAAACCUGUUCUUCAGCAUAUAUACUUCACCUGCUGCGGAUUUUCUUUAGCACUUUUCCUUUACGGCUGGUGUGCUUGCCACUCAGUGAUAACUAUUGUUGGUUCCUACCUGCUCUUGCAUGUUGUUGGAUCAUCCAUGACCAUGGUUGUGCUCAUGUUUCUGUUUAAUAUGGGUUAUUUGUUGAGUGGUUAUGUGUACUAUGCAUCAGGAGAAUAUGAUGUCAACUGGACAACACCACAGUGUAUUCUGUGUCUGAGGCUGUUAAGUAUGUUCCUUGUGACUUGUAUUGUAAAGUUAUUUUGUUUUCAGAUUAAGGCGUAUUUAUCAUUUGUGAAUGGAACACUUUUAGAUAAGAAAGAUGAUGACAAUGGACGCGUUGCAGAGGGUUUGAAGCGCAUGUCUCUAGGUAUCAUGUACCUUGGUCUUUUUGCCGUGUUGGAGCCGUGGUUCUCAGCCAAUAUUCUUUUAUCUGACGAAUAUCAGCGGUUUUCAUUCCUUGGAAGAGUGUGGUUCAUGAUUUUUUUCAACAAAGUGGCUUUUUCAAAGUACCUUGCGGUCUGGCUUCUCUCGGAGGGUAGCUGUAUCAUUUCUGGAAUCAGUUACAACGGCAAAACAGAGGAUGGCAAAGUGAAGUGGGAUGGACUCAGGAAUAUCAAACUUUCAAUUUACGAAACAAUGUACACAUUUCAGCACUGUGUCGAUUCCUUCAAUAUCAAUACCAACAAAUGGGUGUUCAGGUACAUCUUCAAACGCCUUCGUUUCCUUGGCAACAAGAACUUAUCACAUUUCCUGGCUCUGAUGUUUCUUGCUCUGUGGCACGGACUGUUUGUGGGAUACUUCGUUUGUUUCCUCGGGGAAUUUGUCAUCAUGGUAAUAGAAAAACAGGUAACGACCAUGUGCUACACUGUAACCAAGAAGUCUUUAGCAGAAAUGCCUGCUUAUGUGAAGAUCCCAGUUAUCAUAAGUUAUGUGUUCGUUGUCCACUUCGGGUUGUCGUAUUUUAUGGUGGCUUUUACUCUGCUUACGUUUCAACGAUUCCACAGGGUUUGGCGAUCCAUUUACUACAUCGUACCAAUUAUUUUAGUCACGUGGUCCAUUCUUUACCCUAUACUCAUCUAUCCAGUGUUUAAAAGAAUGACACAAGACCAAAAGGACAGGUCAAAGAAAGAGAAGUAGUAGUCGAUUCCAGAAGGGCGUUUUCUUUUAAGUUCCUAUUUUAUUUCAACUUUUAGAGCUCCUUUUCUCUAAUGUAAUACCCGUAUUGUGUGAUUUGAGUGUUUGUAGAACAACACCGUUUUUAAUAAUUCGUUUUAUUUCGUGAAGGGAGUUCUUUUAGUCCUUAUAGCUCGUCACACAAUCUUUUGUGCCUUUUGUUUGUCAUGCCGUGUCUGUCGCGUGACGACCUAAAAAAAAACCCUCGAGCUUAGUUUAAAAACGUGAAUUAUCACAUUGGAUGUUAUUAUUGAUCGCUCACAAGAAAUUUAACAGGGACAUGAUUAUUUUAUAUUUUAAUCCAAAACUAAAGUGUUAAUAUAUAUUUUUUGUAGGAGUUCAUCAUUUUGACUUAUUCCUUAUGAAGCUGACUGAAGUUUUUAAAUCCUAUGUGAGUUAUAUCGAACUAGUUUCUAUUAAAUUAGUUUCUGCUUUCGGAAUCCCUCUUAUUGUCUUUAUUCUUUUUUAGUUUUUAGCUGUUUAGUGUUUUUUUCACUUUAGUGAAUCUGGACAAUUUGAGUAGGAAGCCCAAGCUGUAUAAUUAACUUCCAUCAAAAGUUGGCUAAAGUUUAUCUCGAAAACAAUUUAUACUACAAUUUCCCCCUUUAUUAUGCGCUUUAGUCUUCACUUAUAAUCGUACGCAGCUUUGUUGAUUUUUGUUUUCACCUCAAUGGUUUUUUCUAUCUGAAGAAAGUUUUAUUUUGAGGUAAGGUAUUUUUGAUAUAGUGAGUGUUGAAAAGACGAAGUCUGCUAAGUGUCUCUCGGAAGUACCCGAGAGAGGGGCUAAAAGGCCGCGUUCUUUACGCACCCAGUCUGUCCAGAAAAGCCAGUUUUUUCACGCGUAGUGUUAAAUUAACAAUGUUUGUCACUGCAUUAUAGCGUAGCUGAUUAUAUAUAGCCGCCACAGCACACGUUUAGGAACAUUUUGGGCGCGAACGUCCUUAACUUGAGUAUUUUUGAGCAAAAAUUCCUCUUAGGGGUUGGAAGGGCUAUGUGAUCGGUGA